UUCGCUAAGGUGAAGCGGGACUUUUUGGCUGAAAAUUCACAGGAGCUUUCGCUGAAGGCUGGCGAAUAUGUCGAAGUUCUGGACAGCUCGAGAAACUGGAAUCGUCUGCGAAACAAAAAAGGAAUGGAGGGCUACUCACCUUACACAGUGCUAGAUUUCAAUGUGCCCUGA